AGGGAGGACCCCCGCGAGCCGGUCCCUGGCGUCCGGUUGCCCAGCCCUUUUCAGGCUUGGGCCCGCAUGGAGGGAACCGUGGAGUCCCAGACGCCUGACCUGCGGGAUGUGGAGGGUAAGGUGGGCAGGAAGACCCCUGAAGGGCUGCUCCGUGGGCUGCGAGGCGAGUGUGACCUAGGAACCUCUGGCGCCCUGCUGCUCCCAGGGACGCCUAGCACCGGCCACGACUUGGGGGACAAGAUCAUGGCGCUGAAGAUGGAGCUGGCUUACCUGCGAGCCAUCGAUGUGAAGAUCCUGCAGCAGCUGAUGACCUUGAAUGAGGGCAUCGAAGCAGUGCGCUGGCUGUUAGAGGAGCGGGGCACGUUGACCAGUCAUUGCAGCAGCCUCACCAGCAGUCAAUAUAGCCUGACAGGCGGGAGCCCAGGCCGCUCAAGGCGAGGCAGCUGGGACAGCCUGCCAGACACCAGCACCACAGACCGGCUGGACAGUGUCUCUAUUGGCAGCUACCUGGACACAGUGGCCCCCAGCGAGCUGGAUGAACAGGGCCCACCUGGGGUUCCACGUUCCGAGAUGGACUGGGCAAAAGUUAUAGCUGGUGGAGAGAGGGCCAGGACUGAGGUGGAUGCGACAGCCACCAGGCUAGGGAGCUUGAGGGCUGUGUGGAAGCCCCCAGGGGAGAGGCUUCAAGGUGGACCACCUGAGUCACCAGAGGAUGAGAGUGCCAAGCUGGGCUUCGAGGCCCACUGGUUCUGGGAGCAGUGCCAGGAUGAUGUGACCUUCUUGUAACAACUUUUCCACCCUUUUGUAAUCCUGUGGCUCUUUUAUCUGUUAGCUGUGGUCUCCCCUAAAAUUGAUUCUCCCUCAGUCUGAGACUAGGAAGAGGCUGCACUGAAAUCAGUUACCAUAGAAACCUGGCUCAUUUCUCUGGUCCCUAGGGAGUCUCUGCCUUUAUCCGUAAAUUAUUGGGUCCC